UGCAGCUCCCAGUCAAAUCGUCUUGACUGUGCGUUGAGUAGCUGAGACCUGUCUUAUCUUCACCUCAUAAUGCGCAGGCGUGAUCCUAUCUAAAAAAAAAGAAGAAAGAAGCUUUUAGACGUCGUGUGCGCUGCUCUCCUUGAAACGGACUCGUACAUUUUGAGAGAUUUAUUUUGAACGCGCAAGAAAAAAAAAAAAGAAGAGAAAUGAAGGAGGGUCUGGACGGUGAUUUCUCGAAACAGCAUAUUUCAACCUGUGGAUAGUGUCGGUGUGUGUGUGUGUGUGUGUGUGUGUGUGCGUGUGUGUGUGCGUGCGUGUGUGUGUGUGUGUUUGUGAAGCGCGUCUGUGGUCACCAGUUACAGGCGAUCCGGGACGCUCUGCCUCCAGCCUGCUGUGCUGCUCGUGCGCUUCUUUUCCCCCAUCGUUUGCUCCGGGAUCCGGUGUGUUUCGUUUGACCCCAAGCUGUGAGCGGGUAUUCAGUUUAUGAAUGGCACUGACAUGGAGGAAGUACCGUUUCAGAAAGUCAAAACCAGGCGGAAGAGAAGUCACUGCCCAAAGGCUGUCCCUCUGACCACCAUCGUGUGCGAGGACGAGUUCGACUGCAAGGAGCUCGAGUCUCUCUUCCAGAACUACAACCUGAAGCUGGAGCAGACAUCCACUUUAAAAGCCCUGGCCGUGCUCAUCGUCAUGUCCUCCACACUGGCCGUGGUGGAGUUGCUGUCCGUCCCCAGCCUCACCAUCUCUAAGGGGUCCCAUCCGGUGCACUGUGUGAUCUUCGUGUCUCUCUUCAUCGUAACUAACGUCAAGUACCUGCAGGUGACUCAGCUCCAGCAGAUUGUCAACCUGACGCUGCUCUUCGGCUUCACCUUUUCCUUCCUAUGCUGCCCUUUCUCCCUGGGCGCGAUGGGGGUGGACCCGCCAACGUCCCCGGAGCAGGGCAUGUGGCAGCUCAUCCUGGUCACCUUCGUCGCCUAUGCGCUCCUACCUGUGCGGACUCUGCUGGCGGUGGUGCUGGGAAUAAUGGUGUCCAUCUCGCAUCUGAUUGUGACCGCCACCUCUGUCACGAUGAAGACACAGAAACUAUGGAGAACGUUGGUUGCGAACACAGUGCUUUUCACCAGUGUCAACCUGUCAGGCCUGUUUGUGCGCAUCCUUACAGAACGAGCCCAGAGGAAGGCCUUCCUGCAGGCGCGCAACUGCAUCGAAGAGAGACUGCGCAUGGAGGACGAGAACGAGAAACAGGAGCGCCUGCUAAUGAGUCUGUUGCCCAGGAACGUAGCUAUGGAGAUGAAAGAGGAUUUCCUGAAGCCCCCAGAAAGGAUCUUUCACAAAAUCUACAUCCAGCGCCAUGACAAUGUCAGCAUCCUGUUUGCAGAUAUAGUGGGUUUCACCUGCCUGGCCUCGCAGUGCACAGCACAGGAACUGGUUAAACUGCUGAAUGAGCUGUUUGGAAAGUUUGAUGAGCUUGCCACGGAGAACCACUGUCGCAGGAUUAAGAUCCUGGGCGAUUGUUACUACUGUGUGUCCGGCCUGACCCAACCCAAGACUGACCACGCCCACUGCUGUGUAGAGAUGGGUCUGGACAUGAUUGACACCAUAACGUCAGUAGCCGAGGCCACAGAAGUCAACCUGAAUAUGCGUGUGGGCUUGCACACAGGUCGGGUGCUGUGUGGAGUGCUGGGCCUCAGGAAAUGGCAGUAUGAUGUGUGGUCCAAUGAUGUGACCUUAGCCAAUGUGAUGGAGGCUGGAGGACUUCCAGGGAAAGUCCACAUCACCAGAUCUACGUUGGAGUGCCUAAAUGGAGAUUAUGAGGUGGAACCUGGAAAUGGACAUGAAAGGAACGCCUUCCUCCAAAAACAUGAAAUUGAAACCUUCUUUAUAGUGCCAUCUCACCGAAGGAAGAUAUUCCCAGGAUUGAUUCUUUCGGAUAUAAAGCCCGCCAAAAAGAUGAAGUUCAAAACUGUGUGCUACUUACUAGUGCAGCUUAUGCACUGCAGGAAGAUGUUCAAGGCUGAGAUUCCCUUCUCCAAUGUCAUGAACUGCGAGGACGGUGAUAAGCGGAGAGCGAUGCGAACAGCUCCACAGAAGCUGAGGAACCGUACCAACACAAACCAGGCUAACUUGAUCCAGAGCAGCCCGAGAACCCGGGUCAACCGCUACAUCGGCCGGCUGAUCGAGGCCCGUCAGACCGAGUCGGACACGGCAGACCUCAACUUCCUCACACUCAUGUACAAGUGCUCUGAGCGCGAGCAGAGGUACCACCAGGUUCCUGAUGAGUACUUCACCAGUGCAGUGGUGCUCUCUCUAAUCCUAGCUGCCUUGUUUGGCCUUGUCUAUCUUCUCAUCAUACCACAGGGCACAGUGGUACUUGUUCUUCUCGUCUUCUGCAUCUGUUUCCUAGUAGCUUGUAUAAUGUACCUGCAUAUAACUAAAUUACAGUGUUUUCCAGGGUGCCUGACUAUUCAGAUCCGCACUGCUCUCUGCAUUCUCAUAGUGCUCUUAAUCUACGCUGUGGCCCAGGCCUGUGUGGUGGGCUGUAUGCCCUGGUUGUGGGGUAGUGCCAAUACCAACAGUUCCAUCAUCAUCAUCGAUGCGGACGGCGGCGCCAACCACACCAUGGCAGAGCUGCCUUGUGACGGUGCCCGAUACGCCUUUCUGUCUUGUGUGGUGGGAACACUUACCCUGGCACUUUUCCUGCGGGUCUCCUGGCUGCCAAAGAUGGCGCUAAUGCUGCUUCUGGGGGUGCUGUACAUCACCGUGCUGGAACUCAGUGGCUUUCGCAAGACAGCAGGUGGGGAGUCCUCCCACAUCUGGGGCUAUGAGCCCAUCCUGUCUCUGUUGCUCUUUGUCAGUGCCCUGGCCCUCCACUCCAGGCAACUUGACCUCAAACUACGCUUGGACUUCCUUUGGGCUGUGCAGGCCGAAGAGGAAAGAGACGGCAUGGAGAAAGUCAAGCUGGACAAUCGGAGGAUUCUCUUCAAUCUUCUGCCCGCACACGUGGCUCAACACUUCCUGUUGUCAAACCCCAGGAACAUGGAUCUCUACUAUCAAUCAUACGCACAGGUGGGUGUGCUGUUCGCCUCGAUCCCUAACUUCAAUGAUUUCUACAUCGAGCUGGAUGGUAACAACAUGGGAGUGGAGUGCCUCAGACUUCUGAAUGAGAUCAUCGCUGACUUUGAUGAGCUCAUGGAUAAGGAAUGCUACAAAGACAUCGAGAAAAUCAAAACCAUUGGAAGUACAUACAUGGCAGCAGUGGGCCUUGUCCCGACCAUUGGUACCAAGGCCAAAAAAUCAGUUUAUGACCAUUUGAGCACAAUAGCGGACUACGCCAUCGAGAUGUUUGAUGUUUUGGAUGAAAUCAACUACCAGUCAUACAAUGAGUUUGUUUUGAGAGUGGGUAUCAAUGUUGGUCCAGUGGUCGCAGGGGUGAUUGGCGCAAGGCGACCUCAGUAUGACAUCUGGGGGAACACAGUUAAUGUGGCCAGCAGGAUGGACAGUACUGGAGUACCAGGGAAGAUACAGGUGACUGAAGAGGUCUAUCGCCUACUAAAUACCAACUACGACCUGGUGUGCCGUGGCAAAGUGAGUGUCAAGGGUAAAGGUGAGAUGCUGACCUACUUCCUGGAGGGGAAGGUUCAGGGCGUGGGCACUGUAACCACUUCCUCAGUGGUGCGUUCCGCCAGCCUGGCGCGUCGGAUCCAUUCCUGUGGCAAGACUAGUGUCCCGACCAAACUGGGGAGCGUCUCCUCAUCCGCUAGCCUUGCUGCUUAUGCCAGCAUGGGCAGCAACAUGCAGAUUAACGCUGCCAACAGCAGCAACAGCCAAGCGACAUGCCUUCCUUCAUCCUGCGUGCCCGCAGUGGGUGAGGAGGACGAGGAAGAGGACGUAGAGGUUACAGGGAUUGAGAUUGGGGCUGUUGCAGAUGUGUCAGUGUAAAAAAGGACAAGACCAAAAAAAUUUAAGGAAGAAAGGAAAGAAAUCCCUGGUCUGAGGCCUAGAGGAGACAGGGCUGUCCCGGUUCUCCUUUAAAUCCUAGCCACUGGUACCAACCAGGACAUGCUCGUUCAGGAUAUGAAUAUUCUGAGAAAUAACAUGAUGAUGCAGACAAUCAUAGCAGCUCUAAGGAGUGUUUAACUGUGUGAGGGAAAAGGUGAGAAGAAGAAAGACACCCGGAAUCAAGAGUCAUCUUUUUAACAUCUUUUUUCCAGAUGAUGCAGUUUGUGGUGUUCCUGGGUUCCCACAGAUCCAGGUUUACAGUAAUGUGCAUCUUUGUUUUAUAGAACAUGCUCCAUGUACAAGGGGGUUUGGGAAAUUAAUAUCCAGAAAAAGACUGAUCUUGCUAUUGCUUUUGCACUGUCUUUCUGAAUAUGCCAAGGAAACAUUGCAUUAUCUACAGAAGAAAUUGUGUUUUUAUUUUGUUGGUGUAUGUAAGCAUGCAUGCGUGUAUUUGUGAGUGGGUGUAAGCAUGUGUGGUCAAUUCUGAAUUGUAACGAAAACAGCACAAAGUCCUUUUUUUAAAUUCUUGGAGCUCAUUGGAUGAAACUGGCUUUUUAUGACAUAUUUACAUUCAAUAGUGCAUGACUUUUGAAUUGUUGACAGCCAUAGUUACAGUACUCCUGUUGAAAUAAAACCAAAGUAUUGAGCUUUCAUUAGAUCUUUAGUGUUACAGCUUAUGUUGCCUCAUCACACAACACAGCGAGAGAGAGAGAGAGAGAAAAUGUUGCAGUAUUCUUGGACACAUUUUGUACGUGGGACGUCUUCAAACAACUUUAAAAGUGACUUUUUAACAGAGAGAAAUGUACCUGAACUGCAAUUAUUCAUGAGGGUUUAAUUUAAUAUUGCAUUAAAGGCUGAUGAAUGGAGCAAAGGAAGGUGUUUAGUCCUCAAAGUAUUUCUAGUUGUAGUGCUGCUAUGAAAUAAAUUAAAGCCAAACUGGAUUAGUGACAAAGUAUGAUUAACAUUGCAUAAAGGACUAAUACACCCUUAUGUAGGUGCAAACAUACAUGUGGAAAUCCAGGAACGCAUACAUCAACAGAGAGGAAAUCACAUACAGGCACAAACAAUAAGCACACAGCUUCUACAAAUGCACAAUGUAGUCCUUUAGCCAAUGCCUUUCAAAUGCUCCAUGUACAUUGACACAUCUCUUGAGGCAACAGAAGCUUUGGUGCAUCAUCCAGCUAUACUGUCGUCUUGCAGACAUUUAUCACUAUACUCCAGCUUCUUUGAUAAACUCGAGCUUCAUUUUGGGAAUUCCUCAUAAAAUGUAAGCUUUGGCACGUCUCUUUCCUCAAAUACAGUUUCAGAAAUGUGAGGCGCUUCAGAUAUCUUUAUAGCCUGUAUCUUUAGCAUCAUAGAACUUUCACUUUAUCUGCAAAAGUGUAAUUUCAUCAUGUUUCAAGUUUUUGCCUUAUUAAAUAAGCUUACAGUGAUUGCAACCUGCCUUUUUAGAUAUAUACACUUUGAUAUGCAGAGCAUACCUUUUUGUAAAUAGCCAAAAACUGCAAACUAUGUUGUAUCUUGUACAGUGUAAAGUUGGUUUAUUUGAAUAUUUUGUAAUAAAGACAAUAUUGGUGUAUAAAAUAA